AUGUGCUUCGGCAGCCGUAACGUCCACGAUGAGGCGGGGGCUGCCCGCAGUAGGGAGCUCGACAAGGCCAUCCGCGCCGACGAGAAGCGCUUGCAAAAGGAGGUCAAACUGCUGCUGUUGGGUGCCGGUGAAUCUGGAAAAUCGACCGUCCUCAAGCAAAUGAAGUUAAUAUAUGCUCAAGGGUUCAGCAAGAACGAGAAGAUUGAGUGGAAGCCUGUUGUGUUUCAAAACAUUGUGCAGUCUUUCAGGCUUAUCCAUGAUGCCAUGCAAGAGCUGGACAUUGAAUUCGAGAACAAGGAGAACGAGGCAUGUUAA